AUGCACCCACAGCGUAACUUAUCUUCAUGUGUGUGCUCAAAUCGUCCAAUUAUUAAAAGUUUAGCACGUUUAAGAUGUAAAAGUUUUUAUAUCAUUUGUGAAUUACAGGAGAUUAUUGUGAAUACAAUCUUGACUGUACUUGCAAUUUGUUCAUUUAUUGUUGCGGCAUCAUUCUUGCUGGAACGAAGCGAUUGGAGCCGAUAUGAAAAUUAUCGAUUGAUGGUGGGGACCGCGAUCUGCUUCAUAAUUCAGUCAAUAGUGUGCGUAUUGAUGCUUUCCUGGGCAUUUUAUGGAAAUGUGGUUAUCAUUGAAAACCGUUGA